AACACUUUUGGAAGGACUAAAACUGCAAUCAUGGCUUCAGCAAGUUUUGGAUACUACAGAAGCACCAUAUUUCUUGCCAUGUUUGUGGGCUACACGCUGUAUUACUUUAACAGAAAGACUUUCUCUUUUGUGAUGCCUUCUCUAAUGCAAGAAAUUAAACUGGAUAAGGAUGAUCUGGGCAUGAUCACCAGCAGCCAGUCUUUGGCCUAUGCUAUCAGUAAGUUCAUCAGCGGCGUGCUCUCGGACCAGAUCAGCGCCCGCUGGCUCUUCUCCAUUGGCCUGUUCAUGGUGGGAGGCAUCAACGUAGUCUUCUCUUGGUCCUCCACUGUUGCUGUCUUCUCUGGCCUGUGGUUUUUGAACGGCUUGGGCCAAGGCCUGGGCUGGCCUCCCUGCGGGAGGGUGCUGCGCAAGUGGUUUGAGCCCUCUCAGUUCGGGACGUGGUGGGCCGUUCUGUCCUGCAGCAUGAAUCUGGCUGGCAGCUUGGGCCCGAUCAUUGCCACGGUGCUGGCGCAGACCUACAGCUGGAGGACCAUCCUGUCCGUGUCCGGAAUGAUCUGUCUGGUCCUCUCCUUUUUUUGCCUGCUGGUUAUCAAGAACGAGCCAAAGGAUGUGGGCCUGCCCAACAUUGAAGCAACCGCCAAGAAGAGCAAAGGAGGGUCCGCCAGGAAUGAAAGCACGCUGUCUGAGUUCCUGUUGUCUCCCUACCUGUGGGUGCUGUCUGUGUCCUAUCUGGUGGUGUUCGGGGUGAAGACUGUCUGCACCGACUGGGGCCAGCUGUUUCUCAUUCAGGACAAGGGCCAGUCGACACUUGUGGGCAGCUCAUACAUGAGUGCUCUGGAGCUCGGAGGCCUGCUGGGCAGUCUCGCAGCGGGUUACUUCUCUGACAAGGCUGUGGCCAAGCAAGGGACGAGAGUCUAUGGAAACCCCCGUCACUUCAUCCUGAUUUGCAUGAUGGCUGGGAUGUUUGGCUCCAUGUAUCUGUUCAGACUCACCGUCACGCCCGACAGCUCAAAGGUGUGGAUACUCAGUCUCGGUGCUGCAUUUGGCUUUUCCUCCUACGGACCAAUAGCGUUGUUUGGAGUCAUAGCCAAUGAGAGCGCUCCGUCCAACUACUGUGGAACGUCACAUGCCAUCGUUGCCCUGAUGGCUAACAUUGGUGGCUUCCUCUCUGGAUUACCGUUCAGCACUAUUGCCAAGCACCACGGCUGGGAAACGGCCUUCUGGGUAGCGGAGGUCGUCUGUCUGGUCACCACCGUUGGAUUCUUCCUGCUGCGCAACAUCCGAACCAAGAUGGGAAACGUGCCCAAGAAGGCAGACUGACGACAUCUUCAUCAUCUUCAUAAAACCUCAACCUCUGUGCUCAGGGGGGAACUGGAAAUUGAGACUUCUUACCAGAUUUAUUUUUCCCUUUUUUUUAAAAAGAAAAUAUAUAUAUACAGUCUGACAAGACAUUACCAUUAAAGGAACUCAGAAGUUUA